AUGGGACCUUUGUUGAGAGAACCUGGGACCUGGAGGGGACUGGAGGGGACUGGAGGGGACCUGGUAGGGACCUGGAGGGGACCUGGAGGGGACUGGAGGGGACUGGAGGGGACCUGGAGAGGGCCUGCGCCCACAGAGCCACACAGGGGCAGGACCCUCCGUUCUCAUAGGCGGUGGCUCUGGACGGCCAGGACCCACUCAGGAGGGACACUGCGCAUCCAGCUUCACUCAGGCAGGAUCUGGCCCUCGGCCACCUGUCCUCAUGGGGUCCCGGCCAGGAGAUGCCCUGGACCUCAGGGACAUGGCCUCAGGGACCCCGCCCGGCAAGCCCAGGAAAGCAGCCGCAGUGUGUAUCUCAGGGCCUCCUCCACCUUCAAUGGGGCUUCAGUGAAGCCAUCCCACAGGCCCAGAGAGGUGGAGCCCCUGCCUGAGGACACACAGCGGCUCUCCAGAUGUGCUGGGUACAUAAAGAGAAGCGUCUGGACCCUAGGAGCCUAUGCCCAGCUAAGGCCUCGAGCUCAGGGAAACCCCAGGCUUCAGCUGACGGCAGAGCGUGACCUGUGUCCCCUGAUUCUCAUCAGCAGGCGUCUGUGUGCACAGCGGUGCCGAUCCGUCUGGGAGGGGGGAGCCAGCAGCUGCUUCAGCUCAGGGAGGCGGGGGCCAGGGUCUCCUCUAACGGCCCGGCCACCCCGCCCAGGGGACUGGCUUCCUGGGAGGGGAGUAGUGGGACCCUGCGUCCCUGCCCAGGGGCCGAGGCCAGCAGGGGCACCACCCAGAGUGGGGUGGGGACCGUGGGGGACAGGACUCUGGGGAUUUUCCAGGCUGACAGGGGUCUGGCUGGGGACCUCAGUCCACCCUGCGCCAGCGCGUGCGACAGAGCCGGAGAGGGCUGCCUCUGCCUCUCCCCGUGGUCUUUUUGAAGGACCCAAUUACCCCAGCUCUGGCCCGGGUGGUACCUUGGCCGCUGAAGCCCAGGGCUUGUUAAAAGCAUCUGACAGCAUCUGUCAUCCGAGCUGCGAGUCGGAGCAGGAAUCACAACGCCCCUUUCCCACGCCAAUUAGAAGGCUGUCAGCAGCCAGCGCCAGGCCUGCCUCCUCCUUUCGGUCCCCCCUGGGACAGACGGGCGGGGAGCACCGAGGUGGCUCCGAGGGUCUGCAGACUCCAGCCUCACCUGAGGCCGGCAGAGCGCUGCUUGACCUGGGAGACCGGGGCCUUGGGGGGAGCGGAGCGUCCAACGCUGCACAUCUAAGUGCAGAGGAGGGCCCUGGCCUGGGCCACCAAGCCCAAGGUCAGCCGGAGCCCCAGGUGCGCAGUCCCUGCCCCACGGCCUUUGCCUCUGUGCCUGUGGUUCAAUCCCUUGGGCAUCCGCCCUCCCACCCUCCCAGCCCCAGGGCUCAGCCCACUCCUGCUGUCCCCUGGAGGGCCUGCGGGAGCUCAGGCGCUGGUCCUCCUGCCACCCAUCAGAGGGGUCACCCUGAGAGCUGCGUGCCAUCCACUGGGUCCGUCUCAGCCCAGGUCCUAGGCACCAGCAGCCUGGCUACCCAACUCAGGCAGGACCGUCCCCGGCAGAAUAAUGGCAGCUGUGACUCUAGUUGACCUUGAGGGGCCACCUGCGGUGGCAGACACCAUUCUGACUAAGUCACCCAUGAGGUGGGCAUGGCCACGUCCCGGCAUCACAGAUGCAGCCGUGGGGCACAGAGAGGUUAAGUCACUCUCUCAGGGUCCCACAGCCAGGAUUCCAGGCCCAGCACAGCUGGCCGUGGGCCAGGGCAUUGCACUCUCUUCCGAGGAGGCAGCGGGGAAGGCAGGCCCUCUGCUGUCCGACAGCCGUGCCCCUCACCCCCUCUUCUGGACAGUCCUCCCACCGGCCUUGCAUUUCCUCCUCUCUCUGCAAGGAAACCCGGCACCUGGAGCCUCACUGGGGUGAGCCCGCUGCACCCUAGUAGGGGUCUCCCCGGGCCAGCCAAGGGGGGCUCCAGGAGGCUCCUGCGGUGGGCAACAGGCUGGAUGGGACAGGGCCCUGGGGCGGUCAGUGGACCAGCAAGGAGGCUCCCACAGGGGAGCCGGGCCAGGCCACAGAGCCUGGGUCCACAGCGCUCCCGGGAGUCCAAACAGCCCCCUGGGCAGCACUUCAUUCCUUACCCAACCUGCCGCCCCGGAGGCCAAGUCAGCCCCAAACCCAGGGAGAUCCCCGCCCCACAGCCACCGCCACCCGUCAGAGCUGCCUCGGAUCCCGCAGCCUGGCCCUGCAAACCCUCCGGCCGUGGCCUGCUCCUGGCAUCACAUCUGCCCGCCCCUGGACCUGGCUCCAGUACUGUGCCCCAGCAGAGCCUGGCCCGCUCCUGCCCUGGCUCCGGCGGCCUCU